GGAGGUGUGAAUGGAUGUGCCGAGCCCGAUAUUGGAGAUUCUAGGAAGAGGCCACUGGAUUCCGAACUCGAUAUUGGCGCCACGAAAAGGUCCCACCAUGGCGGAGUACGAUACAAUCGGGUGUUUUGAUGCGAAGUUGAGCGGAUAGGCCCCCCUAGGCCCGACGUCGGAACGCAGACCAGCCAGCGUGGGGAGAAGUCUGGGUACCGCCGUGUGGAGUAGACAGCGCUGCCACGAACGGGGACGCACCAGCAUGCUCAGGAAAAAGAAACUCUGACAGUUUGUGAGCGCCGCCGCUGCUGCUGCAAGCAGACGCAAGAAGCGUGUUAGCCAGGAGAGCGAGAGAGAGACACGGGAGGCGACGCAGUUUACGCGCUGCAAGCGUGACGCUCCCCAUUUGUCGAGGCGAGUCUCGAGGAGUGCCAGACCCUCCUCCUACCCCCCCUCUCCUCCGUCAAAACUUUGUGAAUGGACGAAUUACCAAGAAGGGCGUCAGGCAAUGGCACAUACCACUUCAAGAUUCUGGUGCCCGCAGUGGCAGCCGGCGCCAUCAUCGGCAAGGGCGGGGAAACGAUUGCACUACUCCAGAAAGAAGCCGGGGCCAGGGUCAAAAUGUCAAAGUCAAACGACUUCUAUCCCGGAACGACGGAGAGGGUCUGCCUUAUCACAGGAAGCGUGGAGGGGGUCCUACGUAUACACGAGUUUAUCAUGGAAAAAAUUAAGGAGAAGCCAGACCCCACGGCGAAGAUCGCCAUAGACUUCGACCAUAAGCAACCUGCGGAAAGAGAGAAGCAGGUGAAGAUCCUCGUUCCCAACAGCACGGCGGGCAUGAUCAUUGGCAAGGGGGGCAGCUACAUCAAGCAGAUCAAGGAGGAGAGCGGCGCCUACGUGCAGAUCUCGCAGAAGUCCAAGGACCAUGCGCUGGCCGAGCGCUGCAUCACGGUCAUCGGGGAGCUGGAGAACAACAAGAAGGCCUGCCACAUGAUCCUGGCCAAGAUCGUGGAGGACCCCCAGAGCGGCAGCUGCCUGCACGUCAGCUACGCCGAGGUCACGGGCCCCGUGGCCAACUUCAACCCCACAGGCUCGCCCUACGCCAACCCCUCGAGCGUCCACUCCACGGUGAACAACAGCACGGCCAGCUACAGCUCGAGCGGCAGCCUGAACAGCAUGAGCCCCACAGCCAACUUCAGCAGCACCCCACACCACCAGUCCCUGGUGCCCAGCUUCCCCGGCGUAGCCCCGGCCGUCGCGGGCAACGUGGCGCAGCUCCUCGAGAACGUCAAGGCGGUGCUGCGGAGCAACGGCUACACGGAGCAGGCGACGGCAGACAUCGCGGCGGCCAUGGGCACGCUUGCCAGCUACGGUGUGCUCGGCUCGAGCCUGGGUGCGCUGCUCGCCGGCAUGAACGGCACGCUGGUCGCCGGCGGCGGCAAUCCGCCGCAGCCACUGCAGAUGGGCACCAACGCGCAGCAGGCUAUGUACCCGUCUUCGCCGAUGGAUGCGACGCCGCCGGUGGUGCCCAGCAGCUCGGGCAUCUUUGGGCCCGUGGGCAGCCUCGGCGGCGGGGGCUUCGGGUCGCCCACGGGGCGCUCGGACCGCUUCCACGGGGACAUGGUGUUCGACCCGUUCCGGAGAAACUCUCCCGCGCUGGCCUCGCCGGGCGCCAGCGGCAACGGCACGGGACUGCCAGUGAACAACAACUCGUUCGGCCUGGGCACGGGCCUGGGCGCCAUCCCUGGCGCCGGGCCGAUGCAGUGCAAGUCGCCGCCGCCCCCGGGAGGGGCCGUGGCCGAGAAGGCGGGCGACGCUGUGAAGCGCGACCUGGAGGUCGGGGAGAACAUUGUGGGGGCCAUCCUGGGGCCCGGCGGCAAGUCGCUGGUGGAGAUCCAGCGCUUCAGCGGGGCGGCCAUACAGAUCUCCAAGAAGGGCAUCUUUGCGCCGGGGACCCGGAACCGCAUCGUGACCAUCACGGGCUCGCCCAACGCCGUAUCGACGGCCCAGUACCUCAUCGAGCAGCAGAUCGCCGAGGAGGAGGCCAAGAGGUCGCAGCAGAAUGCCCUAGGGGUGUUGCGCUAGGCCUCCCUCUCCCCCGUUGUUCUGGCUUCUUGUCACCCACUCCUUCUCGAGUUGCGCCGGGGCAAAGUGGACCCCACUUCCCUGCCCCUCGCACCUUACCAAAGGUGUGGCUUUUUUUUUUUUUUUUUUCAAGUGCUGAAGAGUCUACGGUUAUUUGCAUUCUGAGAGAAUCCCCUCCCCCUGGUUGUUUUUUUUCCCUCACAUUACAUCUAUCUCCCCCACCUUGUGCGUUUUGAACAGUCGCUUUAGUUCGAAGCCAAGUACUGGUGUGUUUCUUGUUGUUGUUGUUUUUUUUUCCCCCCGCAUAACUGUCUUCUUUUCCCCGUUGCGAUGCGGUCACUUUCUGGUUUGUUGCGCAUCGCCGCGGAGUCGUCCCCUCCCUCGAACCACCGGACGUGCGGGUGGUACCCCUCCUCCCCACCCCUCCCUCCCAGAGGAAAGGAUGCUGUUGAAAUGUGAUGUUAAUGUAUUGUAAUAAUUAAUAUAACAUAGCUAUAUACAUAUGUAUAUAUACUACACACGUGCGGGGUGUAUGUGUGUACAGGUGCGUACGUCUUGGGGAAAGAGCCGCGCGCUCGACAAGUCUGAAUGAGUGUCGGGAAGGGGCGACCGUCGCCGUAUUUUUUUGGGGGGGGCACGUCGGGCUGACGGCGGUCGGCCCACUGUACAAGAAGUCGGGAAGAGCGGCGGCGAUAACGGGCGCAAGGGGUAGAAUGGUUUCCGAGGGGUAGGGCUAAGGCUUCCCAGUUCAUCUUCCCCUGGUCAUAAAGUCUGCGUCGCCACAUCUCUCAUGGUCGUGCAACUCGCUCGGCAGAGAGGGAACCGAAGCGAAAGUUUGCCCCCCUCAGUCGUCGUCUCUCUCAAUCCAUCUUCCGUUCAAGUUUUCUUUUGCGUCUUCGAGAGGGGGCCAGUGCACAUGCGGGUGGCGUCGGCACGCCUUACCUUUUCCACCUGCCGUCGGGUGGCGUCUCCCGUUUUGUAUACCCUUCGUCUACAGAGCUUCCGUGGGUUGGUCGACGUGGUCUUGCGCGAAUGAGGAACGAACGGGUCAUCGUCCAACUUCUUUCGUUUGGGGGUAGUUUCGGUUCCGUCUGGCCCUUCCAGUUAUACCCCAACCCCGUUCCAAUCCGAAUGGACGGUUUGUCGUCAGGUUUUCGUUUGCGCAAACCUCGACUUGCGUUUCGUGGGGCGCCGCCGCCGAGUCUGCUCGCGUACCUUUCUUGCCUUUUCCUCACCCGGAGCAUUUCUUCUCUAAACGGCGUCGAACGAGCUUUUGAUACCGAGAAACUCUGACACGGCGGCGCCUCCUUUCCACACCGCUCCCGCAAACUUCGUCUCCCUCAAUCGUCGUCGCGGAACCUGCAUCAUUUUAGCUCUUCUCGCCAGUCUCCCUUCGGCAUCUGGUCACACACACAUUCUUCAGCCUCUGCCGAAACGCUUUGUGCCGCUUUAGCAAAUGCCGCUGCAAGUUUAUUUUCUUCCAAGUACAAGUGUUUGAGCCUAUGCAAUGCUCAGCCUACGGCACUGGCAAGGGAUACACCGGACCCGGCGUCUUGUUCGGGACGAAAAGCCCGGUCCCAACGUCCCGAUCAAGUGUUCAAGGUCCCUGCCGCAAGGCGCCGCGGCGCACACCUAACCAACGCAAAGUGAAAGAAAAAACCGUACGCUCUUAGCCAUCGUUUUUCCGCAUUGCUCUAGACGGAUGGAAGGGUCACUUACCGUACAUUUCCACUUGGCAUCAUAUCAACCGGGCAUUUCUCGUUGCGCAUUAUUGCGAGUAUCUCUCACUUUCUCUCGGAGGUUACCCCAUCACAUCUGUUCUCUUGGUCGGCUGCAUCCGAUCGUUGCACAUCGAUGGGGCAGUUUUUUUUUGCCGGCCCGCGUCUCGUUUUUGGAAACAGACAGACCUUCGGUUUUUUAUAGUGCCUGGAGCAUCGUAUGGUGCGGGUUGGGAGCCAGGGUGUAGUUUUUCGUCGCUCUGUCGGAGCCGACGUGACCCGCAACUUUUUUUUUUUUUUCUUCCCGCCCCUCCCCCCGUCGUUGCAGGUCGGAACCGAUGUUAUACGUUCCGUAGGCGUCGUUUCGUGGCUUGCGAACAUUGUUUUGCCGCUUGUGCGUGUCUGCUCAUGGCCUGGAUACAUCAUUUUGCUGCCCGGGCGCAUCAGUUCAUGGCCUUGGCACGUCGGUUUACAGCCCGUGCGCACCAGUUUGCGGCCGGUGAAUGUCCGUCUGCAACCUGUGAACAUCAGUCCCGACACGAAGUCAUUUUUGGAGGGUCUUUUCCCCUCGGGAGACGUGAUUUUUGCAUCUGUGGUCUUUACGGGGCGGAAGGGGUGGGACGGAGCGGUGCACUUCCCCCGGCGACAUUGUUGCCAGUCGGGGGAGACAAACUCUGUAGGAAACACAUUAUAGCAGUCGCAUCGACAACGCAGUCGCCACCACCACACCUAGGAAAGGAAUGCAUUACACAUGGGCUCGCAUGUAUUCAUAGUGUUAUUUAUUUGAUGCCUUACAUUUUUUUUUAUGUGUGCAUGAUGAGAUCCUGCCUCUUUUUCAAUGUCAUCUGAACUUCUUCGUGGCAAAGGUAUUUUUUAUAUUUCUUUUUUCAAAACGUUUAAUGCUAGAACAUGCUUUUCUUUUUUUCGGAAAGGGCAUGCUUACAUUAAAAUGUGUGUGUACAGCUGCCAAUCCUUGUGCUCUUGAGUUUGCAGUGUACGGUUUGUUUUUUCUCAUCUGGUUAACAAACAUAAGAAAAUGUAAAAAAAAAAUAUUUUUUUUUUUUUAAAGUGAUUUAUGAUUAGGGGUUUGUUAAAUAGAGGUAACUUUGGAAUUUUUUUUUUUUUGGUCUUGGGUUACUGUAGUUGCUCCUUUUGUUUUGUGUAAAUGUUCAAAUUUAUCUAGGUGACCAUUGUUUCCUGUUGCUUUUUUAAGGUCUUUCCUACAUAUGUGUACAUAAUAUAACAUAAUCUAUACAUACAUAUAAAUAUAUAUAUGUGGAGGGCUGUUUCAGCAAACCACGAGGAGAAUAAAGACGAAACAAGGUGCAACCGUUUCGUUAGGACACAUUGAAACAUUUUUCUCCCCCUCUAAUGCAUAACAAGGGUUUCCAGAGUUGUUGUUUUUGUUUGUUUUUUCUCAUGCAACUUGUCAUUUUCCUUUUUUUUUUGUUUUAAGGUGCACUGCUAGGAAUAUUCUAAUUGUGACUCUGGGGUGGGAAACCGGGCACACUUUUUUGUGGCGACGUAUUAAAUGCCUCUAGCGAAGUCCUGUGCUUGUUGGCGGUGGUUCCUCCGCGGCGGCGGUAACACGCCGCCGCCCCCCCCGCGCUGAUGUUUGUGCGGUACUUAACACGGAGAGCGGAGUGGCAAAAACCGGGAAUGCCACUUUGCCCCUGCCAUGAGCAACCUUAUUGCAGCAGAUGCAUUUAGGAAGACGAGGGGGGAGGAACGGAGGGCUGCAGGCGUCGGAAACGCCCCAUCCUCCCCCCACCACCACCACAGCGAAGAAGUCUCGCUUUGACACGAUCCUGUGAUGAUACACACACACACUCACACGAGAAGAAAAUGGUAGACCCAGACAUUCCAGCAUGCGGCAAAGACUGGAUGACCAGAGGUGGUUGGGAGGCAGACUCUCGCCUCUGCUGGGUGGAAGUGAAGGAAGAACUGAAAGGACGCGAGGAAGAAGAAAAAAAAAGCGCUCGGUGCCUCCUCGGACCGGAGCAUUCUAGUCUCUCGGGUAGUUCUCUUCGAGUCGUCUUCGAUUACACCACAAUCGCCACGCCUUGCGCCCCCUCCCCGCCCCCCCCCCCCUUUGGAGCCGUCUCGAGGGCAGUCUUCUCUUUCCUCCCACUGUCGCACAAUUUCUUUUCGUCUGCCGAGUGUAGAGGCGCUACUACCGCUCGGCCGGGGAAGAGAGGACGGGAAAGGGGCAAGAAAUGGACAAACAAUGGGUGCUCAAGCGGUGGGUAGUUCGCUGACCCGUUCCUCUCUCGUACAAAGACAAAAAGUGGGUUUCCCUGCCGCACUGAUCCUGGGGCUGUUUAGGUACGCCGAGGGAACCUCGUGCGGUCGGCGGUUUCGUUUUUAUAGUUUGAUGCCUUUUGCGCAUGCCUUUUUUUCAAAGUUCGACGCUUCGUCGAGGUUUAUUAGGGGUUUUUUAACGAUCCUUCAGAUUUUCGUCAUCGCCGUCUCGCGACGCCACGUUUUGGGGUAGGUGGCAAUUUUUUUUGUCGGCUCUGCGAAUCCAAGAACUCGUUAGGUCUGUUGUCGUUUACUCUUAUUAUGACCCUCGGGAGUUUCGGCAGGAAGCGUUUUUGUCUUUUGCACUUCGAAAAGAAAGGAAAAAGAAAAAAAUGAUGCAUGACCCAGAAUUUUAAUGUUUUUUUUUUUGCAAUUGUGCUUACGAGUGCUGCAGCACGACGCCAACGUAAACGAAAAACAAAAAAAAAUUGCUUACGUACCUAUCAAAUUGCUGGGAUCCAUUAUUUUUUUAAUUAUUGUAUAACUGUUGUAUCACUGCUAGAACAAUUAAUAAAAAGAAAAAAAAAACUGGACACUGUGCAAGGUGGCUCGGAGCAACCACACCUCUUCACGUACAUAAACACGCGCAUACACAUUCUUUCAACCGUGUGUCUGGGCAUAAUGUAACUCGCGUGUGCAUGCAUUGUUUCCUGGGAUUCUUUUUUUUCUCCGUGUGCUAACAUUCACACUGUUGUUGUUGUUGACACGUUUCAAAGUGUGUUUCUUCAUUUCAUUUUUUCUUCCCGCUCACGUGCAUGUGUGGAUGUGCGCAAGCGUGCUCCUGCUGUGCAGAGCCUUCCUAAGAUAAAAAGAAUAAAGGAGAGCGUAGCAUGGGAGGACUGGCUCGAGUUGUUCGAUGUGUUAGGCCACAAGUUUACUCCGGGACUUUGCCUGCAACUGUUUUGUGGAGCGGCGCGCGGCCUCGGUGGGCGAGCGUCGUGUUUGCGAGAUGCAUCUCUCUCUGUCUCGGUUUUCUUAUUUGGUGCAAAUGGACUUUUUGAUAGGAGCCGUCGGCGCCGCCCCAUCUCAGGGCAACAACUUCCUCUCUCCCCCCUCCCCUGCUCCGGUGGAAGUCAUGCGAUGCUUUUUCUUGUUAUUUCGUGAAUGCUGUGUUUUCAUAGGUAUUUCAAAUAAACACUAAAAUUUUGAGCAUA